CCCAAGAACGCGCAUGCGUAUUGAGGAAAAAGGGCCCCGAUCGAGUGCCGAGUCCUCGGUGUGGCCCCGCACAGCGCACGGAGCAGGUCGGUGAGGAAGUUGAUUGUGUUUUAGAAUAAGUGAUCUGAUUCUGAUGGAACGAGUGACUGAGCCGGAGCAUCUGGAGCAUCUGUUCUGUGAGACUGUCCAAAAAAGUCAGAUAAACCAGGAGUGUGAUCGAGAACCACAGGAUCACAGCAUCCUCCAGGACAAUAAAGAGAUGGAGAAGGUGUUUCAGGAAAAGGAUAAGAUAAUAAAGGCUUUAGAGGUCAGGCUGACAGAGAUGGUGGACAGAGAGAGAUCUUUGGAGGAACAGCUUACUGAGGCGAUAAGUGAGUUGGAAAUGAAAUGCAUAGAGCAGAAGGCGUCUAAUAAGGAGUUAAAGAGACUGUGGUCCAAAUUUGAAGAUGCCUUGACCUUACCGGCUGAUGCAGAGUGCCAAGAGAUCAAAGCUCUGGAGGCCAAUGCAGAGUUGAGGCACUUGAACUCCAGCCUGAUCAAGCAGCGGGAUGAAGCGAAAGAUUUGGGGCACCAAUGUGAAAAAUUAUUUUGCAAACAAAGUAACGUUCGUGUCGAGUGUAUGAAGAACGAGAACUUUGCCCUGACCAAGCAUGUAGAAAUCCUGCAAAACACAGUGAACAUGUUGGAGGAACGAAUAAGGAGUUGUGAGAAAGGUGAAGAGAAACUAAUGGAGCAGAGGCAAAGCCAGAAGGACUACUACACCCUCUGGAUCAAAUAUGAAGAAGCGGCGGCCCCUAUGGUUGAGGCCAAGGCCCGAGAGAAGUAAGCUAUGGAGGUCAAUGCAGAGCUGAAGCACAAUAACUCUGUCCUCAUGGAGCAGUGGGAAGCUUUGAAAGUGUCAGUGAAGCACUUGCGGGAUUUAUUCGCGUUAAUGAAGGUAACCAAGAAGAAAUUUCCUCAUGUAAUGUAAAAACAAACCAAAAAUGAAGCUCAAUAGCCUAUAACUAACUAAACUCAUACCCUAUGAUUUAACUAGAGGUCGACCGAUGGUGGAUUUCAUCGAUACUGAUAACAAGGUUGGAUCGUAGUUGCUGAUAACUGAUUAAUCAUACGAUAGUUUAUUAAAACCUAGACAGGAUAGAAAACAUAAUACUCGAUUGUGAAACAGUACUGAAUCUUAAAAAUAUGCUAAAUAAAAUAUUCAUUAUUAACUACAAUAUAACAACUAAUCUUGUCAAACAGGGGAAACUUAAUAUAACUAGUCCUGUUCAAAAAACGCAAGUAUAAAAUAGGUCCCUUUUUAGUUCUAGUUCUAUUUUAAUAUUCAAGCUUAAGAAGCCCCAAAUGAUAAUGGAGAAAGCAGAGUUGGUGUCCAGUAAGUCAUAAUGCAUGCCCACAAACAGCAUGUGUCAACAAUGUUUCAUCUCUAGAGGCUGCUCUCAUAGUGUAUAAUGACAGUGGACCUUCUCAGCUGCUCCAGCAGCAGACGCAACCCGGAAAAACUAUCGGUAUGGAUUUUUGCUAUCGGUGCUGAUUAAUCAGCAAAACCGAUAAAUCAGUUGACCGCUAUUCUUAACUCUUCUAACACACAUGCGGAUUACAGAAUCAGAGAAUAUUUGUUUUCGAUGUUUUAUUUAACAGACAUUGCGAGAUUUCUAUAUGCCCCUGUCUGUAUUGUUUAUUUUACAAAAGCACAGCGUUUGAUUGUUAGUAUGAGUGUAAACAAAUAAAAGUAGACCCUUUGAACGAUGUUUUGCUCUUAAAAGGGCGGUCAAAAAAGUGUAAUUUAAGAUCGUUUCAUGCGUUAUAAGGAAAAAAUGCCACGAAACGCGCCAGCGUGUUUGUUGACCCCGAGGGUUAUUAACUGAUAAGAGCUGAUUUGAGACUUACUAAAUUUAAACUUACUAAAUUACUAAAGUAAUGAGUCUGGUUUGAAAAUGUAAGAAGUAGAAAGUAUAGAUAUUUGUGUAAUAAUGUAAUUAAUGAAAAUAAAAAUUUGUCUGAAAAAUGAAUAGUGAAGUAAAAUACUGAUAUCAGAAAAAUCUACUUGAGUACAGUAACAACGUAUUUAUACUUCAUUACUUACUAAUGCUACAUUUGGGGUGUGAAUGAUUUUGUCCUUUAUCAAUAUCCUGCACUCAGUGUUCACUGCAGAACGAGAACAAUGCCCUGACGAAGCAAGUCAGAGUCCUACAAACCAAAUUGAUGAACCUUGAGGAGCAGCUAGAGAUUUGCAGAUGCAGUGGAGAGGAACAGAUGGACUGUAUAGCUGAAGAGAGCCCUGAAUACUAGGACAUCCAUUGUUCACACAUAGAAAAUGACUCCAUGGAGGACAAGGAAAGGAGAAAUAGAGGACAAAUCCUGAAUAACCACACACAUGCCAAUAAUGGUGCUAGACAGCAAACAAAAAAGAAAGCAAAACACAUAAAGAUAUUUAAUAGAUGAAUGUCUUCUGGAGUGACUGGUGUUAGGAUGGAGAAAUAAAAAAUUGCAGCGUUACAGUUAAGCUCCGUAGUGGUGCUGAUGAUGCCACUUGGAGCAGAAUUGCCCGUGCUGGCGUGGUGGGCGGGGCAGCGUUAUGGUCUACGUUGCUAAUCGUAGAUGUCUGUGAGCUCUUUGAUGUAAAAUAGGGCAGAUAACACGUUUCCUUAGUUGUAUUAAGGCUAGUCUAUAUUUGUCACAUGACUCUGUGUGUUGGCCUCCAUACUCUCUGGUUGGCAAAGUGUCCAGCGAUGUGAUGCGGAGAGCUUGCUAGUGGCUAGGAAUUAGCCAAGACCUGACUGGGAGAGAAAAUGCCAUAGAAUGAAUUUUUCUCCAAUUAAAAAAUUACUAAUUUACUUUC